AUGACGACUGCUUUUGACGUCGGUGCCGACGAGACGCGCAAGGUCGCCGCGUUCCUUGCGCGGUGCGGGCUGAGCGCGGAGGAGGCGGUGCCGCGGAUGCACGAGUUCGCGAGGGGGCUGUUUCCCGGGUGCGAGGUUGUGGUCGCGCCGUUUCAGGGGUAUUGUUCUUAUACGCUCCUGCUUGUUCCCCUAGGUCAGGAUGGGGAUUCGGGGUGUGAGGUUGGCGAUGAGAGGUUGGUGCAGUUCAGGCCGAGGAAGCAUGGUAUCGACGUCGGGAUGUGCGGGGAGGCGAGGAAGAUUCUUGGGGAGGCGGUUGGGGUGCCGGUUGUGGAGGAGCUGGGUGUCGUUGAGGGGGAGCUGGUUGGGUAUGUUGUUGAACGGGUCGGUGGUGUUUCUCUUACGGAGUUGAGGAGGCGGGAUAAUGGUUUGAAGGAGGAAAUGCGGAAGAGGGUUGUGAAGGAUCUCGCGGGGAUGUUUGCGGAUUCGUGGAGGGGGAGACGGGAUGCUGCGGCGGUGGUGAAGGGGAAGAUUGGUGGGAGCUUGCGGUGGAGGUUGGAUGUUAUGGCGAAGGGGCUGCCGAGAGAGUUGAGGGGUGUUGUGAGGAGGGUUGUGAGGGAGAUGGAUGAGGUUGAGGGGCUUGGGUGGGUUGUGACCCAUGGAGAUCUCGUGUCUGAUAACAUCAUGGUGAAGGGCGAUGGAGGCGUGGUUGGGCUUAUUGACUGGGCAGAGGCGGAGUGGCUGCCUUUUGGGGUGGGAACGUACGGGCUUGAAGAGAUUCUCGGGGAAGAUGUUAUUAUUGAUGAGGAGACUGGCAGGAGUAGAUUUGAAUACUAUCCCGAAGCCAGAGAAUUGAGAGACCUCUUUUGGGAGGAGGUUGGGAGAGUGGUUGACGACGAGGACAUUUUGAAGAGGGCGAAAUGGGCACAGGUCUUGGGCGUGCUGCUAUGGAGAGGCAUUGCAUUUGAUGAUGGGGACUUGGGAAGAGUUGUGGAUGAGAGGGACUGGUGGGACUUACAGAGGUUGAGGACUUGGUUGUUCGAUGAAAGAGGAUUGAGGAUGAGGGAGAGGUGGUGGGAGAGGGUCUGGAGAGGUGUGAGGGAGUUGGUGAGCUGCCUGUGA